AUGUCUGCUUCUACUGGCGAGACGUUCUCACAGGACUUUAAACGGUACCAGCAGCAGCGGUCCAAGAGCAAGGAGCAGGAAUGGGGGAUGGAAGCUGAGGGGAUGGGUGAGGAGGGGAAUGGGGAGGGGGGUGGGGUGGAAGGCAGGGGGGAGAGGGAUGAGAAGGGUGUGGAGGGAGGAGGUGGAGGAGAAGAUGGGGAGUGGAGUGGGGAGGGGCUUGUGGGUGGUGUGCCUCUCGCUCUGCUGAAGGCUCGUGGUGUGUCGUUGCCUUGUGUGCGCGCACCUAAGGUUCGAGGGGAGGACGAGGGAGAGGGGGUGGGGGUUAAGGCCAAAGGAGGGGUUAACCAGCUGUUCCUUUGGUACCGGUAUCGGUACGUUGCUUUAUGGUUAACAACCUUCAUCGCUGGCUGCAGCAUGGUUCAGCAUCCCAUACCCCGGCUGCGCAGUCUAGCAGAAAAACUCCGUCUACCGCCCGCCGCGCUGCCAUGGGCUCUUUUAUCCCUAACCGCCGUCGUGCUCAUGCUCCUGGGGUCGCUCUGGACGUCCCAGCAGACCUCCGCGCGCCACGAGGAGAUCGUGUCGCAGCUGCUGCGGGAAAAAGAGGCUCUUAAGCUUAACUUUGACGAGGUGAUCACCAAGCGCUCGCACGGACAGGCGGAAUUAGACGGGCUUCGGCAGCAGGUGGCGAAUCUAACGGAGGAGGUGGGAAGAAAAACAAAGGAAGCGGCGGAGCUGGCGGCGAAAGCGCAGCAGUUAGCGGCCGAUCUAGACAAGGCUAAGAAGGACACGAGCGCGGUAGACGGGUUGAAAAAAGACAUGGAGGAGCAAAAGAAGAAGCUUACGGAAGAGCAGCAGGCGGCAGCUGCGAGAGCAGCCAAGGCGGAGGAGGAAGUGAAGAAAUGCCGAGAUGAAGCAGCAGCGAAGGAGAAGAAAUACGUAACGGACGUUCGCGAAGGGAAAGUUGCUCCGCCAGGAGCGGACGAAAUCGCGGAUCUGCUAGAACUCUCCGCGAACCUCACGCAGCGGGUGCUGAAGCUGGAAGGCGAAGCGAUCGCGGAGAAGUUUCAGACGGAGGCGAGAAUAAGGACGAUGUUAGAGCAGGCGGUCGGGAGCACCGCGGCGUACCCGGAGGCGCUGCGGCAGGAUUUAAAGACCACGCGCGACGCGUGCGUGCGCGCGGGGUACGCGUCGACGGAAUUAAAACGGACCGUAGCGGAUCUCUCUAUAUACAAGCACAAUCAGAACGUCGCGGCCGCUGCUGCUGCUGCUGCGGGAAAGACCGGGGGAGCAGCAGCAGCGGCGGAAGGGGAGGAGGAGCCCGCAGGGCCGCUGGCUGUAUGCAGAUCAGCGCGAUGCAAAGCGACAGACGAGGAGCUAAGUCGGUUUAUGAACUACACGGAGAAGGAGGUUUGCCCAGACGACUGGUUCUUCGUCCAGGAGCUGAUUUUCGACCGUGGCUGCCAUUGCCUGCCGCGGCGCCGCUGCUUCGCAGCUAAUUUCACUGGGUUUCAGGACCCUAUGCCGUUCCCAAACGCCCUCUGGAACGAGAGUGCGCUUAUGGACACCAACGGGGACUAUUUCCAUGGAAGAAGUUUUCCAUCUGACCAACAACACUCUCCGCAUCGGAUUGGACAUUGGCGGCGGCUCGGGCAGUUUUGCUGCCCGGAUGCAGGAAUUCAACUGCACGGUGCUGACCACAGGAAGAACUGGGCCAAUCCGAAAGAAAAAAACUCCACAGAGCCAACCGGGGUGCCUUAUAUGGAAGCAGUGGCAGCGCGAGGGCUCGUGCCACUGUAUCUUCCCUUCUCGGCGCGGUUACCGUUCUAUGACAACACGAUUGAUGUGAUUCACACAGGCACGAGCAUCAACGACGUGGAUUUCGAGGAGUUUGAGGAGAUGUUUUACGACUGGGACCGCGUGUUGCGGCCGGGCGGGGUGAUCUGGUUCGACUUGUUUUACUCCCAGGUGCGCAAGAUGCCGCUGUACAUGGAGAUAGUAGACAUGUUUAAGUACGACCAGCUACACCGCGCUGUAACGCCGUCUCUGGGCGCUGCUGGCCUUUACGUGCACAUGAGCUUCGUACUGCAGAAGCCACCCCUUCCAGUGAGGCAAUCUGACUCUAUCCUCUGCUCACAAGGCGUCGGCCGAGGGUCCGAAUCAGCAGACAUAAGGCGAGUGGGCCUCUCCGCGUGGGACAAUGGCUGUGCCGGAAAGAAGCUCCCUUUGGCGGCAUCCCGGCUGUUGCGACAGAGCCGAUCCAAGAGCAGGACUGUCGCUCGUGUCACCCCAACUCUCUCAUCUGCUCAACCAGCUCCUUCCCUAGACAAGGAGAUCAGCGUCGCCGUCCCGGACUUCGCCAAGGCCAUUCCCCUCGGCCGUCACACGCUCAACGAUCUAAUUACCCCCGUUGAAAACGACCUCCAGAUGCUGAACGAGAAUCUCAAGUCGGUCGUGGGCGCGCGUCAUCCUGUUCUCAUGUCCGCCGCGGAGCAGAUCUUCGGAGCGGGCGGGAAGCGCAUGCGCCCCGCGCUCGUGCUCCUCGUGGCGCUUGGCACGGCGCAGUUAAUGGGUCUCGACGGCAUCCAGCCGAAGCAGCGGCGGCUGGCGGAGAUAUCGGAGAUGCUGCACACGGCGAGUCUGAUGCACGACGACGUGUUGGACGACAGCAGCCAGCGUCGCGGCAAGGCCACCGUGCACCAGCUCUACGGCACGCGCCUCAUCUCGCAGGUCAUUGCCGACUUCGCCAACGGAGAGAUCCAGCAGGCGGCGAGCCUAUUCGAUGCGGAUCUGACGUUUGAGCAGUACACGGAGAAGAGCUUCUUCAAGACCGCCUCUCUCAUCGCCGCCAGCACCAAGUCCGCGGCCAUCUUCAGCGGGUGCCCGCCUGAAGCCUGCAACGCCAUGUUCGACUAUGGCAAGCACCUCGGGCUGUCCUUCCAGGUGGUAGACGAUAUCCUGGAUUUCACCCAGACGACCGAGCAGCUGGGCAAACCUGCAGGUUCGGACCUAGCCUCGGGGAACCUGACAGCGCCGGCGCUCUUCGCCCUGCGCCACCCCACCAUCGGCCCCCAGCUUCGGGAACUGGUAGAUAGCGAAUUCGUGGAGGAGGGGUCGCUAGAGCAGGCUGUUGAGCUGGUGCUGGCGAGUGGAGGCGUGGAGAAGGCGAGGGCAAUGGCCGAGGAGCAUGGGAGGAGCGCCAAGAGGGCUUUGGAUAUGCUUCCGGAGGGGGAUGCGAAGCGGUCGUUGUUGGGCAUGGUGGAUUAUGUUCUCGAGAGGUUGUUUUAA